AUGACAAAUAUGGGGACAACAGUACGAGCUGGGUACAGUGUCCUAGUCUGGGUGGCCUGUCUGCUCCUGGUAUUUCCUACCACAGUCACUGGACGCAAAGUCACUCAGCCUGAAGUGGAUACCCCCCUGGGUCGUGUUCGAGGCCGGCAGGUGGGUGUGAAGGAUACAGACCGCAUGGUAAAUGUCUUUCUGGGAAUUCCCUUUGCUCAGGCACCACUGGGACCUCUUCGGUUCUCAGCUCCACUCCCACCACAGCCCUGGGAAGGUGUGAGGGAUGCCAGCAACAAUCCCCCCAGGUGCCUUCAGGAUGUAGAGAGAAUGACCAUCAUCAGAUUCGGCCUCAAUGAAAAGCUUCAAAUCUUCCCCAUUUCUGAGAACUGCCUGACCCUCAACAUCUACAGCCCUGCUGAGACUACUGCAGGGGCCAAGAGGCCGGUCAUGGUAUGGAUCCAUGGGGGCUCUCUGAUAGUUGGCUUUGCCACCUCUCAGGAUGGAUCAGCCCUGGCUGCCUAUGGGGAUGUGGUAGUUGUCACUGUCCAGUAUCGCCUUGGGAUCUUUGGCUUCCUCAGCACUGGGGACAAGCACAUGCCAGGCAACAGGGGCUUCCUGGAUGUGGUGGCCGCUCUACGCUGGAUCCAGGGGAACAUAGCCCCCUUUGGGGGUGAUCCCAACUGUGUCACAAUCUUCGGUAACUCUGCUGGUGGCCUUAUCGUCUCAUCCCUGUUCAUGUCUCCAAUGUCUACUGGGCUCUUCCACAGAGCCAUAUCCCAGAGUGGGAUUGUCACCACCAAGGUGUUGAAAGAGUUGAACGCAUGGCAUGAAGCUCAGAACUUUGCCAAUUCUGUGGCCUGUAGCUCCAGAUCCCCAGCUGAGCUGGUGGAGUGUUUGCUGCAGAAGGAAGGAAAGGACCUUAUCAGGCAGAAAAACGUGACCAUUUCCUACAUAGUCAAUGACUCCUUCUUCCCACAAAGCCCAGAGAAGCUCCUAUCAGACCAGCAAUUCCCCACUGUGCCCUACCUCCUGGGGGUCACCAAUCAUGAAUUUGGCUGGCUCGUUUUCAAGAUCUGGAAUAUCCUGGAUAAGUUGGAACAUUUGAAUCAGGAGGACCUGUUGGAGAUUUCAAGGCCCUUGCUGGCCCAUGUGGAAGUGCCCCCUGAGAUCAUGCCCAGUGUCAUAGAUGAAUACCUAGACAAUGGCUCAGAUGAAUCAGCUACAAGGUAUGCCCUCCAGGAAUUGCUGGGCGAUAUAGCCUUCGUCAUUCCUACCUUGAACUUCUCGAAAUACCUUCAAGAUGCUGGGUGCCCUGUUUUCCUGUACGAGUUCCAGCAUACACCCAGUUGUUUUGCAAAGUUCAAGCCAGCAUGGGUGAAAGCUGACCAUUCAUCUGAGAAUUCCUUUUUUGGAGGUCCUUUCCUCACUGAAGAGAGUUCCCUCCUGGCCUUCCCAGAAGCCACAGAGGAAGAGAAGCAGCUAAGCCUGACCAUGAUGGCCCAGUGGAGCCAGUUUGCACGCACAGGGAACCCCAAUGGCAAGGGGCUGCCUCCUUGGUCCCAAUUAAACCAGUUAGAACAACACUUGGAGAUUGGUAUAGAAUCACGGACUGGGGUGAAGCUAAAGAAGGGUCGGCUACAGUUCUGGACAGAGACACUGCCCAGAAAAAUUCGAGAAUGGCACCAAAAGCAGAGGAGCAGGAAAGUUCCAGAGGAACUCUGA